CUCUUGAAGUCUUUGAGACUUGAGAGCUCAGCUCGCCUGCCGCCGCAACGAGCGCUUGCUUCGCUUCGCCCUCCUCAACGGCGGCGGCCGGAGGAGGAGGAGAUGGCGCGGCUCACGGUGGAGCAGGCGAAGCGCGAGGCGGGAUCCGCCGGGACGCUCGCCACGUCGCUCAACCUCUCCCACCGCGCCCUCUCCGACGUGUCGUGCCUGAGCAGCUUCGUGAAUCUGGAGCGCCUCGACCUCGGCUACAACUGCCUCCUCACUCUCGAGGGUCUAUCAAACUGUGCCAAUUUGAAGUGGCUUUCGGUUAUUGAAAACAAGCUUGUGAGCCUAAAAGGUGUUGAAGGCCUCUCAAAGCUGCAGGUGAGUUACUUCUCUGCCCCGCAAAAGGAUCUUAGCCUGAUUACUUCACUUGCAAUGAUUGGCAGUUGCUCCUCUCCUGUUGUACAGGUAUUGAAUGCUGGCAAGAAUAAACUUAAAACAAUGGAUGAGGUCAAAUCUUUGACAAGCCUGGGAGCAUUGAUUCUAAAUGAUAACAACAUUUCUUCCAUCUGCAAACUUGACCAGCUUCAUCAGUUGAACACACUUGUUCUUUCCAAGAAUCCUAUUUUCACUAUUGGUGAUGCUUUGAUGAAGGCAAAGGCCAUGAAAAAGCUAUCCUUAUCUCACUGCCAGAUAGAAAAAAUUGGUUCUUCUCUCACUGCGUGUGUGGAACUGAAGGAACUUAGACUUGCUCACAACAAGAUCACUACAAUUCCAUCAGACCUGGCAAAAAAUGUCAAAAUUUUGAACCUUGAUUUAGGAAACAACUUAAUUGAGAGGAGAUCAGAUUUGGAGGUCCUUUCUGAAUUGCACUACUUGAGGAACCUAAACUUGCAGGGAAAUCCUAUUGCUGAGAAAGACGGUCUAGCCAAGAAGGUUAAGAAAUUAGUUCCCAACCUACGCAUAUUUAACUCAAAGCCCAUGGAGGCCAGCUCCAAGAGUAAGAAUUCUAGAGAAGAGAAUCUACCAAUCAAUGAUGCUGAUACGCCUGAUGAUGGUCCUACUGACAUUUAUACAAAAAAGAAAGGCAAGGGGAAACACUCAAAGCAACAAAUUAAGAGCCCUGAAGAACCUGCAGGACAAAGUACUCGCCCGGAUGUCACCAUUGCUGCCCCAGCCAAAUCUGAACUGCUUGAUGGCAAGGAAAUGAAGAAGGAAAAAGCGGCUGUAGAACAUGUCAAGAACAAGAAAUCAAAGAGGAAGGAUGACAACUCUUCUGUUGAUCAUACUGAUAAAAAGGUUAGUAAGGGAGCCAAGAGGACAAAAUCUGCCAAGAAGGAAGAGAAGAACGCCGACGGAAUUGAUGACACAGAAAUGCCAUUUGCAGACUUGGUGUUCUCCGGUGAAGGCAACAAUCCAGAGCUUGAGUUGAAGGGCAAAAAUCAGGAAAUUGCCCGAGAUGGAAAAUUUGGUGGCCUGGUAAUCGAUCACACCAAGAAGAAGAAGAAAGCCAAAGGCACCGUCUUUGGCUCGUCAGCUCUUGAGCAGCUAUCAUCUGUGCCGGAGGUAGGAUCAGGUGCACUGUCAGGAUGGGAUUAGUUGUAAUGAGCUGCGAGUCUGAUGACUGGCGAUUAAUGCUUAAUGGAAUGUUGGAACUCCUUAUUUUGGCUUUACUUGCAAGCCGAGCUUUUGUAUGCACCAUCUGCUUGUUUUGUCACUUCAAACGUGCAAACUGACCUGUCGGUGCAGCAAGUGUUGAAAAUUUUGUACAAGUUCAGGUUGGAAGUUUUGUAAAAGUUCAGAUGAUGGGGAGCUCAAUUUCCCUGAACUCAACAGUGUUGUUGCUUUUCAUCCAUUAUUAUCCAACUCUGUAGUUAAGCAAA